AGAGGUUGGAGUUCGGCUGUCCCAUUUAUAACUGUCUCGACCACACAUCUGACUCGAUUAGGCUAACCAUGUUGUUAGCGGAGAGCUUGAGUUCGGUUCGAUUAGACUCGAUUCGAUUGUAGACAACAAACCAAUGUCUAAAUUGGACUUAAAUAAUGUCUAAAUUGUAUUAAUGAACAGUUAUUUAUGAUAAUUGAACCGCGAUUCCGUGGAGUCGCGUGGCCGCCUUCUUCCCCUAAGCGAACCGAAUAGGAAGCCGAAGUGCCGCCCAAAAUGCCACUCCGCUUCCUCCUCUCCUCUACCGUCCGCCGGUUCUCCUCCUCCGCCCCUUCCGGUGGCGCCGCCGCCGAGUCCCGGACCCAGAAACUAGAGAGGAUCGCCGAUGUGCUUCUCUCUCUCACGAAGGAGGAGCGCAAGGACUACUCCACCCUCUUCCGCCUCAAGCUCGGCCUCGACCACCUGGUCCAGGCCGGCGGCAGCGUGCCCUGGGCGGGAGCCGGGCCGGGGGCCGAGGCGGCCAAGCCGGCCGAGGAAAAGGAAAAGACGGCGUUCGACAUCAAGCUCGAGAAGUUCGAUGCCGCGGCCAAGAUCAAGGUCAUCAAGGAGGUGAGGACGUUCACCGACCUGGGGCUGAAGGAGGCCAAGGAGUUGGUGGAGAAGGCCCCCGUGGUGCUCAAGAAGGGGGUGACCAAGGAGGAGGCAGAGGCGAUCGCCGCCAAACUCAAGGAGGUCGGCGCCACCGUCGCGUUGGAGUGAAACACCAAAGCAAGAAAAAUCUCGCCUUCGAGUCAUUCUUCGAUUUGGUAGUUGUUUUUCUUCAGCUAGGAAAUUGGUCGAACAGUUUGAAUGCUAUUCCUGGUGACCUAACACAAUCAUCUACCUCAUCCGGGCUUAUGAAUAAUUUACAAUUUAGCAAUUUAUCAAAUUAUGUCAUGAGAACUUCAAUUCUUAGUCCUUUGCUUAUUCCUUCCAAAUAA